CAUAAUAAUUAUUGUACAAAGUUAUGAAUAUCAUGUAUAAUAAAUUCGUGAACCUCACUCUGAUCUGGUGAUACUCUUUUAAUCAUCUCAAGAUCUAAGCAUGUAAGCUUCAGCAAAAAGUUGUAAAAAUGAGGAAGGUCAUCUUGAUGGGUGAAAGCACUGGUGUCGGGAGCAUGAGGAGAAUCGUGUUCUCAACCUUUUUACCAUGGGAAGCCAAGACAAAGCCGCCAGUUUCUCCCUUGGUAAACGUACUCUUUGACAAAUUUGAGAUUGUUACAGUCAGGGCUAAAAGAUACAGUGGGGAGGAUGGCAGCCAGCUCUUUACUGAUGUUGAAGCAGUCAUUUAUGUUAUGGAUGUGAAAAGCAAGGAAUGUGAGAAAGAUAUGGACGAUUACAAGACAUGUCUGUUUGAACAGAUUAUUAAGUAUUCUCCUACUGCUAAAGUGUUCUGUCUUGUUCACCAAAUGGACCUUGUUCCUAAGAACCAAAGAAAAAUGAUCUUCAAAAAGAGAGAGGACGAAAUUGAGAAGAAUUCGCUUCCGUACAAGUGUGUUUGUUUUGCCACCUCAAUUUGGGAUGAGACGUUGUACAAGGCAUGGUCUGCUAUCGUCCGCUCCAUUGUCCCUAAUCUUAGCCAGCUGGAUGCUUGUGCAAAACACCUUAGUGACUUGUUGGAUGCCAACGAAGUUGUACUGUUUCACAAGCUCACAUACCUGACCCUAGCACAUGUAGUGCGUAAACCCCAUUCUGAUAACCUCCGAUUUGAAAAGAUCAGCAACAUUAUGAAGCAGUUUAAACUCAGCUGUGCCAUGAGGCUCUGUGCUGUUCAAGAUAUGGAGGUGCGGAACUCGUGUUUUGCUGCUUUCAUAUGCAGUUUCACGGCAGACCUUAUCGUAAUGAUUGUUUCAGCCAAUCCAAAGCUACAACUUUUCACUGUAAAAAGAGUUCUUCAGGGGAAUUUGGAUAUGGUAGUGCCACCAGCCACUGUGAUACCUGAAUUGGAUGUGGAACAAAGUGCUAGAGAAAAGUCAGAUGUUAGACAAGCUGUUGACCAACCUUCUGAUCACGAGCAAUCGUGUCAAGCCAACGUGGACAGUCCAUUGAGUGCAGUGGCUAAAGAGAUUGAAGAAGCAGAAUCACGAAUCAAAGAAGCUAAGAAACUUUUGGAGGAGGUGACCGCUCAGCAACAAAUGGAAAAACAACAUGAUGCUGGUUCAAAGUCGAAUGAAGAAGAAAAGAUCCAAUUCAUGAAACAAUUGCUUGACAAGCAAGAUAUAUGCAUCUGGAAUCAGUUUGUUCGAGUGAAGCAGUUAAAACAACAAUGCAAGGAACAGGAACAACUACAAGAGGAAUCACAGCAGACAAAUAUGGAAUUGGAACGAAGAGUUGAGGCUGCUGAGCAACUAAAAGAGGACUCACAGCAGACAAACAUGGACUUGGAACGAAGAGUUGAGGCUGCUGAGCAUCUACAAGAGGACUCACAGCAGACAAACGUAGAAUUGGAACGAAGAGUUGAGAUUGCUGAGCAAAGAGUGACAGAGCUGGAGACACAGUGGGUUGUCAAUAGAGAGGAGAUCGAUAUGACAGACCAAGAGCUUGGUGUGGGCGCUUGGGGAGUCGUGAAGGUCGCCAUGUUUCGAGGAACUGAAGUAGCUGCCAAAAUGAUGCACCAGCAAAUCCAAUCCGAUUACUAUCGCGAUCUAUUCGUUCGUGAAAUAAACAAUGCAGCUCGACUUCGACAUCCAAACCUCACACAAUUUAUUGGUGCAACCAUUGAAGGUGACAUGAUAAUUCUAACAGAGCUUCUCCACACAAGUCUUAGAAAAAGUCUUGAGCAAAGUGGAUCCAUCUCUCGAGAACAGAUCAUUGGAGUCAGUUUGGAUGUUUGCAAAGCAUUGAACUAUCUACAUCUAAUGCGACCUGAACCUUUCGUGCAUCGAGAUGUGAGCAGUGCAAACGUCCUCUUGGAAAAGCUCUCAGAAAAUCUGUGGAAAGCCAAGCUAGCUGAUUAUGGAACUGUUAAUUACUUGUGUCGACUUGAAACAGAGGUACCUGGAAACAUAACGUAUGCAGCACCCGAAGCUGUCUCCCCUUCCCAGCAAUCACCUAAAAUGGACGUGUUCAGUUUUGGAAUUCUCCUGAUUGAGAUGUGUACUGGAAAGUUCCCUGAGGUCGAUGCUCGCAACCGACUUAUCAGUCAGAUAAAGGAUCGUUCGUUUGUAAAACUUCUCCGAAAAUGCAUAAUUCAUAACAAGGACAAAAGACCAGAAAUUACUGAAGUAUUGUUUGAUCUGUCUAGAUUUUAGAAUCAUUAUGACAUUGUGUUUGAGUGUGUGUCUAUUAAAUUUUUCAUAUAAUUA